UGCCAAGCUGGCAGGCCCCCCCUGCUAGCAAUGAUUGUCGACAAUCGACUUGCAAUUUCUCGAAUCCACCGACCGGUCGAUGGGCUAUGCUGGAGGAUGUAGAUGACGACGCCCGCGACGAGGACAAAACGACGGACGAUGGACUCCGUCCGCGAGAACCGUAAGAGAAGAGCCGCAAGAGAAGAGCCGCGAGAGAGCAGGCAAGAAACCACAGCGAGACAGGAGUCUCCAGAGGCGAGCAAGCGAUUCAGCCGCUACCGUGUCAGUCGGAUGAUGGAUGGAUACACAGCAGCUGAAGAGUGGUUGCAGCAAGGCGCUGAAUGGCUGGCUGGCCUGUGGUUAGAGAUGCGGAUGCAAGGGACAAAGCCCGGACUCGUCGCCUGUUGCAGCGGGAGGGUGUGCUGGAGGGUGUCGCCUCUGGCCUGUCGCUUCACUGCACGAAGGCUGGGGCAGGAAGUUGACAACUUCCCAAGGUAUCGUUGUUGUUCUGCUAGAAGAGAGUUUUCAGUCACUGUUGAUAGCCUAAUGUACAUUACAUGCUCGACAGGCUAUCAACUGGCGCCUUCUCCCCUGAAGCCGACAGCCUCUGGGCGGUCUCCAGCGUCCUGCCAGCGCGCCGCCAGCACACCGACCGCAGUGAUUCGCCAGCGAGGGACAGUGACCCAGCCCGAACGACGUGCUGGGGAUGGCCCCGCAGGGAGUGGGAGGGAGCCACCUGGAGCCACUGGAGCCACUGGAGCCACUGGAGCCCGCUGUGGCCAACUUGGGAAUCAGGCCAGGGGCAUCAUGGGAGCGAACUGGGCUGGCGCUGUCAGAAGCAGCCCUUCCACCGGUGGCGUCGGACAAAUUUGGGCGCCCUGCUCUUGCGCGGCAUGGGAGCCGCCGCUAAAAACCGACCAGUCUUCAACACCUCAUCUGGCGAAUCUGCGAGGGGCAGAGCGUCAAGACAGCAGCACAACCGCCCGAGAGGACAACGACUGGCAGAGACAUUUGUAUCGUAAUAGCACUUCGUUGUGUUUGUACCAAGCCAGUGACCAUUUCCUUUUCCACUACGAAGGAGGCGCAGUCUCGUUGUGGUCGUAUUUCCAGAAGCCUCGCUCCCCUUGCCCGGAGUCUCGGGAGAUACCUUGUCAUCAGCCCUUGAUAAGUUCCUCUUAUGCCGGCCCGGGGCUGGCCAGCCCACCUCUGGAUUGCCCCGGUCGGCUUAGACCGAUACUUGCACAUGAACAACCCAGUCAACAAACGCCAGAAUACAUUCCGCUUGUAACCUGCGCAAUCAUCUGUAAACAAAUUCGAAGAUUGCGCGAGACGCAGCGAUCACGUCAACGUUCCGUCACCGACAAACAAUUGCAUCAUGCAUUCUGUCCACUUUCCGUAUUGCAUGAUACGCUGCUGGGCAAUCGUCGUCCAGUGCAAGCACGGGCCGACGCUAUCCCCGGCUCGUCGAUCAAUAUCAUGAAUCUAAUAUACGGCGAGGGGCUCACCGGCAGGAUAGCGCCGUGAUAUACUCGGUGUCAAAAAGCUUCCACGCUGGGCUGCCAAAGGGAGGAGAGACUAAGCCGUGGCCAUAUCCCGGCGUAUCCGGAUGCAUGGGCAGUUGUUUGGGCGAGCUGUGAUGCCCGCACACAAACAAAGAGCCUGAUGAGUCCACACUCAUUAUGCCCAUUACUCUACGUAGCACGACAAGAAAUUACGCUCCCGAGAUAGUGAAAUCGUGCUGAAGUGACACUAGCUUGUAAUUGCCUGCAAUACAGG